AAAUAUGGGUUCUAAGUUGAAUAUAGCCCAAAAGAUACUGACAUUAAAAAAAAUCUAAAAUUGUCAGCUUAUAUCAUAUUAAAAGCCAUUUAAUUAUUUUUUUAAUUUUUGAAAUCGGUGAAAUCGGACUAUAAAUAAAAAUUCUACAGCGCCUGACGUUUUUUUUUAAAUCACUCUGUAUAAAAACUUAAAAAAAGUAAACUUCGAAAUUGAUUUAGAUGCCUUUGAAGAGGUGCCGGGGGUGUGGUGGCGCAGCGGCAAUUCUAAUAAAGAUGAUUUUUUGUUUUUUCUAAAAUGUUUCAAGUAAUUCAAUAUUUCUUGAAAAAUGACGUUUUCCUAGUCCUGGGGGAGUAAAAUCUCGAAAAAGUGCACAAAAUGUGAAAAACAAACUUUGUUUACACACUAAACGAGCAAAAAUUUGAACCAGUGUAAAAAUAAAUCGCGUGAUUGGGAAAUAAUCGCUGUCAUCUUUGUACCACGCGUCCUAGUGGUGUCAUCCACCGACCCCGACCUUCAUUUCCGACACCUCCUGUAUAAUGUCAAGGUUGUCAAUUGAGGGAAAUUUGUGAAAAUAGAAAAAAUAAGGGUUGGAAAUUGGGUGAAAUGGUGAGAAAUGUGCCCAAAAAUGGGCCCUCGUUGACCUCUAAAUCAUCGUCGGGACAAGCCGGUCGUCCCCCCGACACAUCGUACGAUAGUACUUCAUUCACGCGAUUUGCUGGAAUCUAGUCAGUCUUGGAACGGCUUUCAUCGUAUCACCAAUCGGAAUACUCUUAUCACUAGUUUCUUAUCAUUGUGAUAUUAAACGCGAGAUCGCAUCUCAAGUGGUGCAGUGCACUAGUGAACGUGAAAUAGUGAAGAAACUUGAAAAAUGUCGGCGAAGGCAAUAAGAGAAGCGACUGGAAAAAAUCUAAUCAAUAAACAUUUAUCAGGCGAUACGGCUGCCGUGCAAUGUCGCUUCGCUUCAGUCGAUCCUGAAACGAAAUUUUCCGAAUUGGUAGCGACCAAUCCAUGGCUGAAAACUGAAAAGUUGGUCGUUAAACCUGACCAACUUAUCAAAAGGCGAGGAAAAUUGGGUUUAAUCGCUGUAAAUAAAGACUUGUCUGAAGUGCAACAAUGGAUCUCUGAUCGUAUGAAUAAAGAUCAAAAAAUCGGUGCUGCCACYGGUAAACUUCGCAAUUUUAUUAUCGAACCUUUUGUUCCUCAUAAAGACAACGAAGAAGUCUACGUGUGUAUCUAUUCGCAUCGUCAUGCUGAUACAAUUUUGUUUUAUCAUCAAGGUGGCGUUGAUAUUGGUGAUGUUGAUUCGAAAGCUGUUAAAUUGGAGGUUCCGGUCGGUGAAAGUGUUGAUGAAAAUCUCAUAACGGAGAAAUUGUUGAGUCAAGUUGAUGGAAAAAAGAAGGCAAUGAUUGCGAAGUUUGUCAACAAUUUAUAUAAGUUGUAUGUUGAUUUGUAUUUUACUUAUUUGGAAAUUAAUCCAUUGGUGGUGACUGAAAAGGAGAUUUUUGUUUUGGAUUUGGCGGCGAAAUUGGACGCAACAGCUGAUUUUAUUUGUAAACCGAUGUGGGGCGAAAUUGAUUAUCCACCACCGUUUGGACGCGAUGCUUAUCCAGAGGAGGCUUACAUCGCAGACCUCGAUUCGAAAUCCGGUGCUAGUCUAAAACUCACCAUCUUGAACAAAUCUGGUCGUAUUUGGACAAUGGUAGCUGGGGGCGGAGCCUCAGUAAUCUACAGUGACACAAUUUGCGAUCUAGGGGGCGCUAAAGAGCUUGCAAAUUACGGUGAAUAUUCAGGCGCACCCUCCGAACAACAAACCUACGAAUAUGCCAAAACAAUUCUCUCUCUUAUGACACAAGAAAAACACCCCCAAGGUAAAGUCCUGAUUACUGGGGGCGGUAUUGCGAAUUUUACAAAUGUCGCUGCGACUUUUCGCGGUAUUAUCACCGCAUUGGUUGAGUUUCAACAACGUUUAAUCGAACACAAAGUCUCGAUUUUCGUACGAAGAGCCGGACCGAAUUAUCAAGAAGGCUUGAGAAGGAUGAGAGAAGUUGGACAGACUUUGGGGAUUCCCUUGUAUGUUUUUGGACCGGAAACCCACAUGACGGCCAUUUGUGGUAUGGCGCUUGGUACACGACCUAUACCACAGGAAAAUAAUGUUGAAUUUGCCACGGCGAAUUUUUUGUUACCAAGUGGUGAAAAAGAACCAAAUAAGAAGAGUUUAGGGGUGGAUAAUAUUGAUGCUGCCACCACCACCGCCGCUGCCUGUAGUAGGAAAAUACAAGAUGUCACACCAAACCAAGUAGUGCACGUAGAAAUUCCACAGAAAUACAAGGGUGAUUCACUGGGAGUCCAAACUCCCAUGUUUACCAACAAAACGAAAUCGAUCGUUUGGGGCAUGCAAACACGAGCCGUACAAAGUAUGCUUGAUUUCGACUUCGUGUGUAGUCGGGCCGAACCGAGUGUUGUCGCUAUUAUCUAUCCGUUUACGGGGGAUCACAAACAGAAAUUCUACUGGGGACAUAAGGAAAUACUAAUUCCAGUUUAUAAAAAAAUGAACGACGCUAUGACGAAACAUCCCGAAGCUGAUGUACUUGUCAAUUUCGCAUCGCUUCGUUCCGCCUAUCAAAGCACCGUGGAAACAAUGGAAUUCCCCCAAAUCCGAACCAUUGCGAUUAUUGCCGAAGGAAUCCCCGAGAAUCAAACACGCAAAUUAAUCAAAUUAGCCAAUGAGAAGAAAGUUGCAAUUAUUGGACCGGCUACAGUGGGCGGAGUCAAACCCGGKUGUUUUAAAAUUGGCAACACUGGUGGAAUGAUGGAUAAUAUCCUACAUUCGAAAUUGUACCGCCCAGGAAGUGUGGCUUAUGUUUCAAGGUCAGGUGGGAUGUCCAAUGAGCUCAAUAAUAUCGUAUCGAAGGCUACGGAUGGUGUGUAYGAAGGCGUGGCCAUAGGCGGGGAUAGAUAUCCAGGGACCACCUUCAUGGAUCAUAUAAUGCGUUACCAAGCCGACGAUAAUGUCAAAAUGAUUAUUUUAUUGGGCGAAGUGGGCGGAGUCGAAGAAUAUGAAGUGUGUAACGCCCUUAAGAAUAAAAUUAUAACGAAACCAUUAGUGGCCUGGUGUAUUGGGACAUGUGCUGGGAUGUUUACAUCAGAAGUCCAAUUUGGACAYGCCGGUUCUUGUGCCAACUCGAAUCAAGAAACGGCAACGUCGAAAAACGAAGCCUUGAAGUCAGCCGGUGCCCAUGUCCCGGCCUCCUUUGAUUACCUCGGCGAGGUAAUUCAAGAAGUCUACGAAAAGUUGGUAUUACAGGGAGUGAUAAUCCCGCGUGCGGAAGUACCGCCACCUACCGUCCCAAUGGACUACUCAUGGGCUCGAGAAUUGGGUUUGAUUCGCAAACCGGCCAGUUUUAUGACAUCAAUUUGCGACGAACGCGGUCAAGAAUUGAUUUAUGCAGGGAUGCCAAUCUCUGAUGUUUUACAAAAGAAUGUUGGUAUCGGUGGGGUGAUUUCCCUGUUGUGGUUCCAGCGAUGUUUGCCAACCUACGUUUGCAAAUUUUUCGAAAUGUGUCUUAUGGUGACGGCCGAUCAUGGGCCUGCGGUCUCCGGGGCCCAUAAUACCAUCGUUUGUGCCCGUGCUGGUAAAGAUUUGGUCUCGAGUCUUGUCUCAGGGUUGUUGACAAUUGGGGAUCGGUUCGGAGGGGCGCUAGAUGGCGCAGCGAAGCAGUUUAGUGAGGCGUAUGACACUGGGAUGCAUCCAGCGGAGUUUGUUAAUCAUAUGAGGAAUAAAGGGCAGUUGAUUAUGGGGAUUGGGCAUMGAGUCAAGUCGAUUAAUAAUCCGGAUCAGAGAGUGAAAAUUGUCAAGGAGUUUGUGAUGCAAAACUUCCCGGCGACUCCGCUGUUGUUGUAUGCGCUGGAAGUUGAGAAAAUYACAACGAGUAAAAAGCCCAACUUGAUUUUGAACGUGGAUGGGGUGAUUGCGUGCUCGUUUGUGGAUAUGUUGAGGAAUUGUGGCAGUUUUACAAGUGAGGAAGCUCAGGAGUAUAUCAAUAUCGGUGCGAUUAACUCUCUGUUCGUUCUGGGGCGUUCGAUAGGGUUCAUUGGACAUUUCAUGGAUCAGAAGAGGUUGAAACAAGGGUUGUAUAGACAUCCAUGGGAUGAUAUUUCCUACGUACUUCCAGAGCAAUAYAACAAUUAAGUUAAGUUGGUUCAAAUUUUUAUYAAUUGAUGGUUUAGUCUACGUGAAGUUUUGUGUUUGUCUCAUUCAUUUUGACUCUAAAAUAUUUUCCUUAAUUUAUUAAUGGAUAUUUAUAUUUUUAUAUUUAUAUUAAGAUGUUUCAUGUGAUUUCACAAUUAGGUAAGAGAUGUGUCUUAUGUACUAUCAGAAAUAAAGUUACUAUAGAUCGA